CUCCCCGUUUAACAGCUUGACUUUCUGCGCCUGAAACCGAGCGGACAUCUUUACAACAGCAGGAAGAGAUGGCGUGUCGGCCGGUGAUCAAUCAGGGGCUUUAAUUGAUUAGAAGUAGCGAGCUUCUAUUACUCUUUUGCUUUCUUCUGACACAGCGUUCUCUUCUUCAUAGCUCUUUUCUCCUAUUUUCCCCCCACAUAAUCAAUACUUUCCAAAUUCUCCAUCUCCACUUGUCCCCCUUCUAUUGACCCACCAAGAGACAAAUCAGGGUCCCCAUCAACGCUUCUUGCUCAGGGAGCUGCUGAGGGAUUAUAACCCCAUGGAGAGGCCCGUGGCCAACGACUCCCACGGCCUCACCGUCCACUUCUCCAUCACUCUCAUGCAAGUUAUGGAUGUGGAUGAAAAGAACCAGAUCCUCACCACAAAUAUCUGGCUGCAGAUGCAGUGGUAUGAUCACUACUUGCAAUGGAAUCAGUCAGAAUACCCUGGAGUUAAAAACCUUCGCUUCACCGCAGAUCAAAUAUGGACACCUGACAUAUUGCUUUAUAAUAGUGCUCACGACAAGUUUGACAGCACCUUUAAGACCAACGUGUUGGUAAACUCCAGUGGCUUCUGUGAGUAUCUGCCUCCAGGAAUUUUUAUCAGCACGUGUAACGUGGACGUACGCUGGUUCCCCUUUGAUAUUCAGCGAUGCGAGCUGAAGUUUGGCUCCUGGACGUUUGACGGCUGGUUGCUGGACAUCCAGAUGAAGGAGGCAGAUGUGUCGGGAUACAUGCCCAAUGGAGAGUGGGACUUAUUGGAGGUGCCCGGCGGUCGCCAUGAAGUUUUCUACGAAUGUUGCGCAGAGCCUUACCCGGACGUGACCUUUGUGGUCACCUUACGCCGACGGACUCUCUACUACGCUCUCAACCUUCUCAUUCCCUGCGUGCUCCUCUCGUCCAUGACGCUAUUGGUCUUUCUGCUCCCGGCCAACUCUGGCGAGAAGAUCAGUUUGGGCAUUACUGUUCUACUUUCUCUGACAGUCUUCAUGUUGAUGGUUGCUGAGAUCAUGCCCGCCACUUCGGAUUCCAUACCGCUCAUAGGGCAGUAUUUUGCCAGCACCAUGGUGAUCGUUGGCAUGUCCGUAGUGGCUACGGUCAUUGUCCUCCAGUUCCAUCACCACAACCCCAACAAUGGCCAAAUUCCACAUUGGGUGAACUUGGUUCUGCUGCAGUGGGUUCCUUGGUUUCUCCGGAUGAAACGACCAGGCGAGGGAACCGAACAAGAUCUUCCCCACAGCCAGGCAGACACUCAAAGCAAGACCCUGUCUUCACCUGCCACCCAGCUGACCUCCAUUCUCCCUCAGAGCCUGGCCUCCUUGAGAGCCAGUCUGGCUCAGCUUCACCACUCACCACCACACGGAUGCAUCUCCAGAGCCAUCAUCGUCCCACAUGCCAUCCACAGAGAACCCAGCCCCAAUCUACACCCUCAACCAAACGGUCAUCUGCCUUACGUAGGCUUCCAGGGCUUUUCACCCACAGCAGAAGCCCAAAGUCACAGUCAAAUGAGAAACUCCUACGGACCUGUAGGUGAAGAUGGAGAGGCACUGGAUGGAGGGGCAGAUAUGGCGAGUCAUCACCUUUCAUCUGGGAGAUUGCAGGAAACGCCAUUGUCGCUAAACCCAGAAUCGACGACUACGUCUCCCGGGCCAGGUGGAUUAGAAGCUGGGAUGGGCUCAGGGAGGGCGGCCGCCCACAGUGGCCUCAAUGGAAGCAGAGCAGUGGACAACCAGCUCCAAGCUCUUCUCACAGAAGUGCAGUUCUUGGUAGAACGGGUUCGCGAGCAGGACCGCCAGCUCAGUUUGGCCGAGCAGUGGCAGUUCGCCGCAGCAGUCAUCGACCGAUUGUGUCUGGUCGGAUUCAGCGUCUUCAACAUCAUCUGCACCAUCGCCAUUCUCAUGGCCGCACCCAAUUUUGGAGAAUCUCUGGCCAAAGACUUCCUCUAAGAAGCAACCAGGAUUUUUUGCAAGCGCAAUUUUGCCGUUUGACCAAGCAACAUAAAAGAAUCGUGAAAAUACGAGAACUGCAUGCAAAGUGAGCAAUGUGGAAAUUGCGUGCAUGUACAUUUCCAUGUCGUUGGCUAUUAAAGCAAAUUGUUUAGAUGUUCAAUCGAGAUUGGUGGUUCUUCAAAGCAAUGAUGCUACAUAUGGAUUUAUGCCAGAUGGAUGGGAUGAUUACAAUAUUUGAGCCAUUUUAUUUGUAAAAUAAAGACCCAACAGUAAGAUUGAUACACCUCUGGAACUUUUAAGAGGAUGCAGAAGGGGUUGAUGUGAAGGAUAACUAGCCCAAGAGUGAUGGUGGUGGAGGAAGUGAUUAACGAUAAGGUAGAAAAUGAGACAGAGGGGAUGAUUGAAGACAGAGGAGGAGGAGAGCUAUGCAGAGGAUGCAAAAAAAAAUAAAAUUAAAGAAUAUGCUCGAGAGAGAGCGAACGGUGAAACAUGCUGAGGAAGCAAACAGGCUUUUACACUUUUUUUUUAAAUGAUCGGCCAUUAAAGAGGGAGGCAGCUUGAGGGAAGUGACCCUAACCUUGCCAUGUAAACAACAAACACCUUCGGAGUAUUUUUACUCUUGUCCAGGCGAAAUUUGCUCAGGCAGGUAUACCUAAUAAAGUGGCCGCUGAGUAUAGAUUGCAUCAAGCGACUGUGCUGGCGAGCUGCAAUGAAACGCAGGGUCAUAAAUUUAGAAGAUGUCAGCCAUGUGCUCUACUGUGACAACACCGGCACACACCGAAAAAAUUCCCACUCAUGGGACCGUGUGUGUCGUGUGCUACGGUACGACGACUGAGGAUGUCAUGCGUUGCAUCGUAAAAAUGCAUGGAUGACAAUAAUUGCCUCAAAUCUAUUAAACAUUCCUCAACUGAUAGUAUUAAAUAUUCAUAAUUGUUUUAGUUGAAUGUGACUAUUUUUUGUAAUUAAAAGCUUGUAUUU